UAGUAAAACACAUAGGCCUGGAUUAACAGACAUGGCUUAGAUUAAGCCAGGUGUACCAUACCUCUGGUAUAUUUUAAGAUAUGUAAAUGCAAGUUAUUUUUAGAUAAGACACCUUAGGCCUCGUUUAGUGUGCAGAUAAAAGCCACCAUACUGUAUUUCCUUGCUAAUCCAUACCAUCUAAAAUAUUUUAAUAUGUUAAACAUAUAUCAUAACGUUAAUGUUAAUGUGAGGUCAUUUGCUAUGCUGAUGUAUUGUGAUGCUACUCACCUAUUGGUGAAUUAAUUGUUGUUAAUGAGGUUUCUUCCUCCUGGACCGAGUUUACAAAAGCUAAUUAAUUCAAUCAUCCAGCUCAGUAACGUAAAAGUUCAUAACUCAACUGUCGCCGUUCUGACAGGAAGUGCGUAUAAAGUAAUGUUAUCAAAAAUAUUUCAGAAGAGACGCGGUUUUAUUGACGUUACAGAUGUCCAUAACAUUAUAUUGUCGGCCAGGUAGCAUUUACAUCUAAUAUUAUAUUUUUGGACUUUAUUAGAUUAAUUUGGAUAUGCUAAUUUACAUGACACCGGUCAGACUGACUAAUCGCUGCGCGUGCACCUUUUACGUUAUUAACGACGUGCCGGUGCCACUACAAAACAAAAGACCGGUGGGGUGACGUGAUCCUUUAUGAUAAAGGUGUUUUUCUGCAGAAGCUUGGUGAAUCUGGUGGAUAAUCCAAGGCAAGUCAGACACCAUGUGAGCAGCGGUCCGUGUCUACCUUCGAAAGGCAGAAUGCCGUUUCUGCGUGGGGUUCUUCCAGUUGUUGCACUGGUCUGUCUCUUCAGCACUGUAAAUGGGUUUUUCAGUGUGUUUGGGGUGAAACCGACCGUCCAAACACAAGUGAGUAGAUGGGGGAUAGGGCUACCCGAUAUUGCAAAAUGGAAACCAAACUUUCCAUCAUUUGGUUUGAAAUCAUUUUUAGGUGGGUCUAAACGGUCUUUGCCUGCCACAACAAUAAGAAACCCAACACUACCAGAGACUACCACGCAAAACUAUACUCUUCCUUCAGAGGAGUCUGCCAGCCCCAAAUAUCAACUAACCACAACCCCAGCUAUAAGAGUUCAAAGCAACACUGUUCAGAUAGGCACCACGCUGCCCUUAAAAUCAGCUCAACUUCUGACAAAUGAACUACUCAGGAGCACGCAGCCUUUCUAUUCACCUCAAUCAUCUUCAAAGGCUGAUCAAAAUUAUGAUCUUGCCCUCUGGCCCUCCAAUAAUGCCCAGAGUACAGAGAACACACUGCAACCAACGUCACCACAGUUAACUAAACCAGAAACCCAAACGUCUGCUGCUCGGAGUACAAGCACCAUGCAGACAGCUACACCAACAUAUACUACAGAUGCCAGCAAUGUUUAUAGUAGUCCACAGAGUAGACCAAAAGAUCCUGAGUCAAUAACAGCAGAACCUAAAUUACCAACAACUUCAUUGCAAACCACACCAGCAGUCACAAAGCCCAAACUAUCUACUGAACUUCCGACCACCAUCAGCCCCGAACAAAACACAUCAGAGCCAAACUGGACACAUUUGAAGCCCACUGACAAAGCUUUAGAUGGAUUUACAUUGGCAGAACAAACUACAGGCUCAAGAGAAAAGGAAAUCUUGGAAAGCGUCGGCCCUGAAUAUUCCUCCGCCCGGUCAACAAGAGCAGGCUUUGCUCGAGAGGAAGGAGAUAAGAGUACAGGGAAAAGUGCUGAUCUGACAACGCAUGAGCCACACGGCGAGCAGACAACAACAUCUACCGCAACGACCCACAGGAGCACAGAAAUGCCCACCACAUCGUCUGAGGACUGGCUUACAGAUUUCACAGAAGAAUCUGCACUACCAGACUGCAAUGCUGAGCGUUCUGGAAUAUGCAGCUCUGUGGACACUUGGCCCACCCCUGUACCAAGCAAUGGGAGCACACCCUUCAUCUCCACAAACCAAUCUCAAAACCCCAUCGCAUUUCCGGUGCCACCAAUGUUUGUGGCACUGUAUUCUGACUGGAACAGCGCCCUGGCAACAUGGGGUUCAGCAUGGGAAGCGCACAUUUACGGACUGGGCACUGUUUUCUGCCUAGUUGCAUUGGCCUCCACCCUAAACCUCCUCUGCCUGCCUCUACAGUACCCAUCAGGCUGUGGCUACUUUGCUCUGGUCAGUCUCUCUCUAGUGGCUGCUGGCUGCACUCGGGCCUUCGCCCUGGUAUACGAUGCUUAUGGAUAUCAGGACCGCAUGGCAUCUACUGAAGCCUCACUGUUACUUUACGAAGCACCAUUUCCUUGCAUGACUGCGGCGUUUGGCCUGGUGUUCCUGCUCCUGUCAAUGCGAUCCCGAAUGCAGCUCUCCUAUUCAGCCUUUCAGAGACCCUGCUUCCUGGCCUGCUUGGUGUUGUUGCACUUUGCAGCUGCAUUUGGCCCUGUUGCAUUCCUCCAUGCUGACCAGAAGGGCGCACUCUGCCUAUUUUUCUCCUUGAUCUCCAGGGGCGCCUUUGUGGCUCUUGCAACUUUCCUAUCAGUUGCAUAUUUUGUGUUCUACUGUUAUGUUCGUGCAGACUCCAAGCAUAUUUAUCAUCUAAACAACACGUCACCAACUCCAGCUGAACGUUUCAACCGUUGCCCGUUUGCCGAAAGCAGAGAUUGGGACCGGGCAGCAGCUGCAGUGCUGCUAUCUGCAGUCUUCUCUCUGGCUUGUGCAGGACUCCAGCUUUACGCCAUGCUGCACGCUCUCGGCCUGGCUGGAAGUGCCGAGACCUUUCGGCCGUGGCCGUGGUGGACUUUCCAGUUCAGCUGUCGAGCGUGUGAAGCUGUGGUCUGUCUCACACUUGUUAUGGUAGUUGCUCAGCCAGUCUACUGUUCUGACCACCUUCCCCAGCCAGGUGGUUGUUGGACAGAACUGCUUGCGGCGAAGUCACCCAUCAUUCCCGGGAGCUACCAGUGGACUCUAUCCCAGCAGGAGAAGUUGGCCAUUUGUGAUUCAAUUGGGCAUGGAGAAACGGAGUGCCUACCCUUGUACACACUGGUGGAUGAACGUCUGGGGAGCUUGAAUGGCCUUGACCUUUUAUACCAUAGUAACCGGGCAUUGGCCUUUCGUGACCUAGACCUCGACGUGCCUAACAAUCUGCCUAACAUCGGUGCCCCCUCUGGAGGUUCAUCGUGUACCAGCGACUCAACAGCAGAUUUGCGCCCACCAUCCCCCAUAAAUCUGCGGAGAAGCAUCGAUGAGGCAUUGUUUAGCGAGUCUCUCUUUCCCAUGAGUCUCUUCAGUCCCUUGCGGCCCUUUACUGUCAGUGACCGCUCCCUGGAUGUUAGGGAGACCAACACCAGCAGAGCCCAAUCCCUCCAAGACACUCUUACGCCUGAUCCAGGCCUAUACAGGACAUCUUCCUGUGUGGAGGUCCUACCACUGACCCCCCUUUCCUCCCAAACCCAACAAGGUGGUCCUUCUUUGGGUUUUCCUCCAUCUCCCUCCUUGUCGUCCUCCACGUGCUGCUCAUCUCCAGAACGCUGGAAAGGCAGCUCCAGUUCUUCAUCCAUCUACAGGCAGUCAUUGGGUGGUUCCUCGCUAGUUUUGUGCUCAAGUCCAGAGGGAUUCAAUCCUCCACCCUCUACCCUCAGUGGUAGUUCAAACCACACCGCCACCUCUGGCCAUCAGGAAGGUGGCUUACAGAGACCCUACAGAACAUUAAACUCACAGGAAAGUCUGGACCAGCAGACAGGAUUUGACCAGUCUAUCCAAGAAGAGUUUAUCACUGUGUGCAGACAAAUAGACUCUCUUAGCGUAUGCAGUGAGACUAUUGACCUUUAAGGGGAGACUUCUACAUCCCAACACAGAAAUGAUCGGCAGACAAGAUGGUCUAAUAAGCAGGUUUGCUGAGGUGCCAAAUCAGAUUUGAAUGUUAGGUAGACUGUAUUGGUUGAAUGUCUCAAAGGCAAGUCCCCCAAAAAGAUGGAAUCUUGGGACUAUUUUCUCGGAAAGGAUUAAGUGCCAACAACUGCCAGAACUUGUUUUUGUACAAAACUACUUAAUUAUUAUUGGUAAGCAAAUUUGUAUUUGUAAAGCAUUUGUUUUGAAAUUUCUCUACAAUGUUAACAGUGUAAUGUUUGCAGGCAUUUGUACAAAUUCCCUUUGUCUAUAUUUAAUAAUACUGUGAGAGUGCAAACUACUGAUAACCAUUACUGUUCAAUACUAUGAAUUGUUAACUACAGAAAUGGGGUGCAAGUGCUUUAAAAUUUAAAAAUCAGCUUGUGCUUUUGGCCCUCAGCUACACAAAUACCAGCAAACCUCUGUGUUUGCAAAUAUGCAUUAUAGUGUUAUUGAAGGAGCCCAAUCAUUUUUCUCAAAGGGCAUAAAUGCGGUUGCUGCACCCUCUUCUGGUGAACACCUAACACUUCAUGAACUGAGCUAUAGACUGCCGUUUCAUUCAUCUUGUUUGUUGUGUAUCUUUGAUAUAAACUACAAUGAAUAAUUUAUUUAUCUGCCAGGUUAUACUCCAAAUACUUGAUACACUGUUACUCAAUACAUAUUAAGAAUGAAGAAAAAUGACUUUGUACAUUUUAUAGCGUGCAUGUUUUGAAAACAUGAACUGUGUGAAACUGCUGAUCCAUCUAAUGUUUGUUAGAGACUGGAGAUUUUAAAUAAAACAUAUAUGGAAAA